GAAGAAUUUCAAGGGCCUGAAGCUCCAGUGGAGAGACAAGAUCCGGCUCAACAACGCCAUCUGGCGGGCAUGGUACAUGCAGUAUUUGGAGAAGCGCAAGAACCCCGUGUGCCACUUUGUCACCCCGCUGGACGGCUCUGUGGAAGUGGACGAGCACCGGCGGCCAGAGGCCAUCACCACGGAAGGGAAGUACUGGAAAAGCCGCAUUGAGAUCGUGAUCCGGGAGUAUCACAAGUGGAGAACCUACUUCAAGAAAAGGCUCCAGCAGCACAAGGAUGAGGACCUCUCCAGCCUGGCCCAGGACGAUGACAUGCUUUAUUGGCACAAGCACGGGGAUGGCUGGAAGACCCCAGUCCCCAUGGAGGAGGACGCGCUGCUGAACACAGACAUGCUCAUGUCGGAAUUCAGCGACACCCUCUUCUCCACGCUUUCCUCGCACCCGCCCGUGGCCUGGCCCAACCCUCGCGAAAUAGCACAUCUGGGAAACGCAGACAUGAUUCAACCGGGGCUGAUUCCUUUGCAGCCCAACCUGGACUUUAUGGACACUUUUGAGCCUUUCCAGGACCUCUUCUCUUCCAGCCGCUCCAUUUUUGGCUCUAUGCUGCCUGCACCCGCCUCAGGGCCUGCACCAGAUCACAACAGCCCACCUGCUCAGGAGAGCGUCCUGCCAGCCCCCGCUCUGCCCUCCCCGAGCCUCCCUGACGGCUUCAUCGCGCCCCCUGCAGCCGCGGCCCUGGACCCCACGAGUGGGCAGGGCUGUGCACACACCUCCCAGCCGGGGGACCCCUUUCUCCAGCCCGCAGACUUAGGUCCCUCGGCACCACCACUGAGCGUCCCCCAGCCCUUCCUGCCCGUGUUCACCAUGCCCUUGCUGUCGCCCAGCCCAGCCCCGGCACCCGCUUCCCCCGUCUUGCCAUUAGGCCCUCCUCCCGCCGCUGCCCCGAACCCCCCGACUCCCCCUGCCUUCCUGCAGCCGCAGAAGUUUGCCGAAGUCAGCAAGUCGCCCCCUGUCAUCACCCACACGGCCUCUGCCACCCUCACCCACGACGCCUCUGCCACCACCUUCAGCCAGAGCCAGGGCCUCAUCAUCACGACCCACUAUCCCACCCCCUCCGUGUCCCCCUGUGGCCUGGCGCUGUCUCCGGUCACCCGGCCACCAGCCGUCGGGCCUCCUCAACCCCGUUUAACUUUCGUGCACCCCAAGCCCGUAUCCUUGCCUGGGGGGAGGCACAAGCAGCCCCCCAAAAUAGUGCCUGCUCCCAAACCAGAGCCCAUGUCCUUGGUAUUGAGGAAUGCUUGCCUCGCCCCAGCUGCCUUUUCAGGACAGCCCCAAGCAGUGAUCAUGACAUCAGGCCCUCUGAAGAGAGAAGGGAUGUUGGCUUCCACCGUGUCCCAGUCCAACAUGGUCAUCACGCCCGCUGCCAUCGCCAGGGCUCCCGGGGUCACAGAGUUCCACAGCGGCAUCCUGGUGACAGACCUUGGCCACGGCACGGGCAGCCAGCCCGCUCCCAUCUCCCGGCUCUUCUCUCCCAGCACAGUGCCGGACUCCCUGGUAAAGGGCGAGCAGGUCCCGCCACAUGGGGGCAUCGCCCAGGUCCCUGCCACGGGUGCCAGUCGAGACUGCCCGAACUCGGGGCAGGCCUCUCCGUGUGCUUCAGAACAGAGCCCCAGUCCUCAGUCUCCCCAGAACAACUGCUCAGGGAAAUCUUCUGCAGACCCCAAAAAUGUGGCUGCUUUAAAGAACAGGCAGAUGAAGCACAUUUCAGCCGAGCAGAAAAGGCGCUUCAACAUCAAGAUGGGCUUUGACACCCUCAGCAGCUUGAUCGCCAAUAACACCAAGCUGACCAGCCACGCCAUCACGCUGCAGAAGGCCGUGGAGUACAUCACCAAGUUGCAGCAGGAGCGCAGCCAGAUGCAGGGGGAGGCCCGGCGGCUGCGAGAGGAAAUCGAGGAGCUCAACACCACCAUCAUCUCCUGCCAGCAGCUGCUGCCUGCCACGGGCGUCCCCGUCACCCGGCGCCAGUUUGAUCACAUGCGAGACAUGUUUGACGAAUACGUGAAAAGCCGGACUCUGCAGAAUUGGAAGUUCUGGAUUUUCAGCGUCAUCAUCAAGCCGCUCUUUGAGUCCUUCAGGGGUGUGGUGUCCAGCAGCAGCCUGGAGGAGCUGCACCGGACGGCGCUGUGCUGGCUGGACGAGCACUGCUCCCUGCCCGUUCUCAGGCCGACUGGCGCCCGGGCCGUGUCUGCAGGCUGCCCCCUCUGUCUUGCAGCCGUGCUGAACACCCUCCGGCACCUGAGUACCACCACGUCCAUCCUGACGGACCCGUCCCAGCUGCCCGAGCAGGCGGCGGAGGCCGUCACCAGAAUGGGCCAGAGAUCUGGGGAGUCUUAG